AUGGCGACCCACGCUGCGCCAGGCGAGGCCGGUGCUGUACCCGCUCGUCCUCCCCCGCAUGAUGCGCCAUCAGUCGACGCUCACGCAGCAUCGCCACCGCCUCUGGCCGAGGAGGCGGCCGUCGUGGGCCUCGAGUCGGCACCUCUAUCCGGCGAGCGCACCUCCUCGACCGCGACCGCGACACCGACAGAGCCUCGCAAGGUCGGCGGCUCGCGCGACUUUGGCUUCCUCCCAAUCCCUCGCCGCCUCCAGUACGACUCGGCCCGGCCCUUCCACUUUGGCCUACUCCUCAACGUCAUCUUUGCCUUCGCGGCGACGUUCAGCGUCGCCAACCUGUACUAUCCUCAGCCCAUCCUCAUCGUCCUGAGCGACAACUUUGGCGUCUCGUAUCAGAAGGUGACCAACAUCCCGACGCUCCUCCAGGCGUCGUACGCGCUCGGUCUCGCCUUCAUCUGUCCCCUGGGCGACCUCGUCAGGAGGAGGCCGCUGCUUCUCCUCGUCGUCGCGAUCGCGGCCAUUCUCUCGCUCAUCUUGGCCGUAGUGCCCAACGUGACGUCGUUCCAGGCGAUCAGCUUCUUCCUCGGCGCCGCUUCAGUCACGCCUCAGAUCCUCCUCCCUCUCGCCGGCGACCUCGCUCCUCCCGCACGGCGCGCCUCGGCCCUCUCGAUCGUCCUCGCUGGCCUCCUCCUCGGCAUCUUGCUCGCCCGGGUCUUAGCGGGCCUCAUCGCCGAGAAGGCGAGCGUGAGCGCCUUGUACUACAUGUCGUUCGGGCUGCAGGCCCUCAUCUGGGUCCUCGUGUACGCCACGGUACCCGACUACCCCGCAAAGAAUGCACACCUGAGCUACUUUGAGAUCCUGUGGAGCAUGGCCAAGUACCUCGUCACCGAGCCGGUCCUCGUCCAGGGUUGCCUCAUCAGCGGUGCCGCGUCCAUCAUCUUCAGCUGCUUCUGGACGAGCAGCACCUUUCUCCUGGGCGACAUCUACGGCUACAACUCGCUCGAGAUCGGCCUUUUCGCCCUCGUCGGCGUCGCAGGCAUCCUUGCCGCACCGUUCCUCGGGCGCCUCAUCGACGGGCUCGUCCCCUGGCUCGGCACCCUCAUCGGCAUCGUCGGCAUCCUCGUCUCGCAGAGCAUCUUUACUGGCGCGGCGGCGAGCUCGAUCGGCGCCGUCGUCGUCGUCAUCUUUGUUCUCGACCUCGCCAUGCAGAUGCAGCAGGUGUCCAACUCGACGCGCAUCUUUGCCCUGUCGUCGGCGGCUCGAGCCCGCCUCAGCGCCGUCUACCUCGUGUGCGUCUUCGCGGGCCAGCUCAUCGGGACGGCGGCCGGCACGCGCAUCUACCUCGACGCCGGCGGGUACAGGGCGAGCGGCGGCUUCUGCGUCGCGGUCGCAGGCUUCAUGCUCGUCGUCCUCUCCCUUCGUGGCCCACACCUCCCCGACAAGCGCUGGGUCGGCUGGGCAGGCGGCUGGGAGCUCAGGAAGGCCGUGCACGAGCGCCAGGUGGCUGAGAAGGAGGAGGCGGCGGCGCUCGACGGGCCGGGCGCGGCAGCGAUAGAGGGCGACGAGGGCAAGAAGGUAGAGCUCAUGGAGAGGUAG